AUGUCUUCACGAUUUCCAAUGUUUAAAGCCGAGCUUUCAUUUACUCGUUUUCCCGAUCGAAAAAUUAUUAAUUGGUUUCCGGGACAUAUGGCAAAGGCUACAAAACAAAUUAAAGAGAAAUUGAAAUUUAUUGAUUUUGUGAUUGAAGUGAGAGAUGCACGAGUUCCGAUAUCAUCCUACAAUAAGACCAUUAAUGAAAUAUUUGCUCAUAAAAAGAGGUUAAUUUUGUUUAACAAGUGCGAUUUAAUUCCAAAAAGAGAACAAGAGAUAAUUCAAAAUUAUUUUGAAGAAAAUAGUUCUGUCAUUGAAGGUCCACAAGUGUUAGGAACAUUGUUCACGAGUGCAAAACAAGGAAUUAAUGUCAAAAAGAUUGUAGAUUUAUGUUUGCAUAACAAGAAUGUAGAAAUUGCUCCCAAGAAAUUUAAAACAAUACCUUUUACUUUUUUAAUUGCAGGAAUUCCAAAUGUUGGCAAGUCAAGUAUCAUUAACAAGCUAAUUGAGAAAAAAAAGGCAAAGGAAGGGGCAUUGCCAGGAGUAACUCGAGGAAUGGGAUUUUUCCCCAUGAAAACCAAAGAGAAUUGCUUAUUAUUGGAUACUCCUGGAAUAUUUCAACCGGAUAUCGAAAGUAACGAGCAAGGCUUCAAGCUAGCUCUGAUAAAUGCAAUUCCAGAUCACUUGUUUGGUGGUGACAACAAUGCGGGAGGUACUGCCAUAGAUCUCAUGCCAUUGAUAGACUAUUUACUGUACCAGAUGAAUAGGAAUGGUUGUUUCGAAUAUGUGGAAAUAUUUGGCAUGACAGGCCCUACAAAGAGUGUCGAGGAAUUGUUGUUGGCAGUGUGUGAAAAAUGGAAAAUGUAUUCUUCAGGUGGACACCCUGAUUGGAAUAAGGCUCUUUCACAUCUCUUGUUUUGGUUCAGAAGUGGAAAGUUAGGUCAAAUUGUACUUGAUACUGAUAUCAUGAGUAGCAAUUCAUCAGUUCCACAAACCUCUCCUAUUGUCCAAGUCACUGACACGUAG